AUGUAUGGAGUUCCAGAGUACCCAGAUCUCGAUAUGAACGAGGUCAUGACACAGGCAGACGUGGACUUGAUGAUGGCAGCAGCUGAAAACAGUACCGUUAUUGCAAGCUCUACAGAAGCCUCGAGCUCUUCUAGCUCAGCAUCAGCUUCUUCUGGACAGGAACCUUGCGCGGUUGUCAGCAUGGCCAUCGCAGCAUUACCCUCGGGAGCCCGACCCAUCGUGCCCGCGGAAUUAGGAGUACAAUGUCUGCAGUCCGUACCUCUCGACAUGGAAGGCAAUGUCAAAUUGAUCGACGACCUCAAGCUCAUGGUCAAGUGGCAAUCGAACAUUGCAUACCUUAAGAACCCACCAAAAGGCUACACCGAAAAGCCCCUCGACAUCAUGGGCGAGCUGGACACUAUGCAAAAGCAGGUAGCGGACGGUACCUUCAAAAACGAGUACGAAUUCCAGUUGAAGAUGCUCAACACGUUCACGAAGGCGUACGACAACCACUUCGCCUAUCAGCCUGACAUCCUUGCUUCAGCGAUGCAGUUUCAGAGACCUCCUGGGUCAGAACUGGUUUCUGUCUCUUCAGACGGUACAGCGCUCCCAGAGAUAUUCACUUACAGGGAUGUCAUCAAAGCCAACACCGAUUCUUCCUUCAAACCAUCGUCUAUCAAGGUGAUCAACGGCAUGGGCGCUCAGGACUAUCUCGCAAAUGUAUCUGCUAGUUCCGAUUUUCACGACGCUGACACGCGAUGGAACGCCCUCUUUCCUUCGCAGGCUCUGCUCGCAUCCGGCACUACCUUUCUUGGAAGCUUCAGAAGUGGCCAGUAUCAAGGCCCCAACACAACCCUUGAGUUUGCAAAUGGCACUACCUGGUCCCAGAUGAAUGUCGCUGUUGUAGUUGGGAACUUUACUGGUGUUGAUAGCGGCAAAGCUUUCUUCCAGAAGUUUUGCACUGGGCCGAAGCGGGCUGCUCCUGCUCCUGCUCCUGCUCCUUCUCCGACAAGCAAUUCCACAAGAACUGCACCUCCCGUGGCCACACCGACUCCCUCACAUAUUGGAUACCCUAAAGCUGAGCUGAUAAACCGCAAUCUCGCUGUUGGAGGAUAUUAUCUCAAUGGCUCAGGAUACGAGAAUGUCGCCAUUCUCAGUAUCCCCUCUUACGAAUCUCCUGAUGCUCAAAGCUUUCAGAACACGAUGCGAGAUUUCAUAAGGAUGUCGCAGAAAGCGGGUAAAACGAAGAUGAUCUUCGAUUUACGAGGCAACGGUGGAGGCAAUGCGAUUCUGGGUUACGAUACUUUCAAGCAAGUAUACCCACAGGCGGUCGCGGAGCCAUUCGGAGGCACGCGCUUCCGCGCGAAUGAUGCUUUGAACUCUGCUGGAAAGAUAACCCAAGACUUCCUCGCCAACAAAACCUUUGUCCAAUCGAACCAAACCGCCUUCAUGGAGGUGUUUGGUCGGGCCACCACACAAGCCGAUAUCUUUGCCCUCACAAGCGGAUUCAACUAUCAGCAUAUCCUCGAUGUCAACAACAAGGCCAUGAGUGGGUGGGACCAACUCUUUGGUCCCGAGCAGAUCAAUAACGAUUCUUUCACCACGACGCUGCGGUACAACUUUUCGGACAGCGUCAGCACAACAUACCAGGGCUUUUCAGUAAUUGGCUACAACGACAAUGCCAACGAAACCAGCACACCGCAGCCCUUCCAAGCCCAAGACAUGGUCAUGCUACACGACGGCAUGUGCUCCUCAACCUGCGCGAUCAUCUCCGAACUACUCAAGAACCAAGGCGCAGUACGCACGAUCGCCGUUGGCGGACGGCCCCAGCCCGGCCCGAUGCAAGGAGUUGGUGGUACAAAAGGCGCCCAAGUUUUCGCCUGGGACGACAUCCAAGUCCGUAUGCAGUCCGUCUAUUUUCUGGGCUCACCCGAGCAACGAAAAGCCUGGGACGAAACGGAUCUUGGCAAAACCGCCUUCGCAACCCAACUUUUCAAGCGAUCUGCAUACAAUGGCGGACAGAUCGCCGGCGGCGUCAACCUCAAAGACAACCUGAGACAGAACGAUGCGAGCGGUACGCCGUUAGAGUUCAUGUAUGAAGCCGCAGAUUGCAGGAUGUGGUUUACGGGCAAGAUGAUCUCCGAUGUAACGGAGGUGUGGAAGGGUGUUGCUGACCGCAUGUUUCGUGGCAACGGCACGAUGGGGUGUGUGCAGGGCUCUUCAGGAGAUCCAUCGAGUAUCAGUGGAGGAGGGCAAUUGAGGGGUGGCGAUGGCCAGUUAACGGAGAAGAGUGCAAGCACGAUCGCUGUUGCAGGGCAAGGCAUGAACGGCAAUGGCAGUGCGCCGCAGCCGUUCACAGGCAAUGCGCUCAAGACUACGAUGGGAAGUCUGGGUUGGGCCGUUAUGGCUGGUGUCAUAGGCCUGGCUUCGUUCUUGUAG